AAUCUGAAGAUCAAAAUUUAUAAUUUGCUAUAAUAUCAUAAAUCUCCAAUAAAGUCGAGUUUACAAAAUCAUGGUUUAUUUCUAAAAUCUAUAUCAAUCUCAAAAUGACUAGCUUUCUAACUCGUCACUUCUCGUGGUUUCCCCGUCCUCAAUUUCACUUCUUGAAAUGGUGGACAAGGAAAAACUAUGAGAUAAAAUAUCUCAGUAAGUAAAUAUGGAGUGCCCUUACUAAACUUAUAGCAUGCCAACAAGUGCAAUCACGAAAGACGGAUACAGUACGAGAACAAAAUGGACGUCUCCUCUAUAGUUCAUGGCCAGUGUAUAAUCCCCACUAGCAAGGUCACUAUUUGUUGGUGUAUAACCCCCACUAGCAGGGUUGAACGAACCGGCUCUAUCACUAACAUGUCGACAUGUGCUAGCGUAUAAUCCCCACUAGCAGAGUCACUAAUAACAUAACCACAUCGGAGACAAAACAGAUAGAAGUUAACAAAUAAAUCAUAAUUCACCAAUCACUUUCAAAUCAUCAGGACAAUCAAUUAAAUUUC